CUGAUUGGCUUUUUUUUUCCCGUCGCGGCGUUGCCCUAGCAACCAGACUGCUGGGACGCGGCGGCCUGGCCUUUAGGCCACUGACUACCGAACCCUGGGGCUCUUCACCAGCCCAGCUCGCUUCCAGCACCAUGUCGGUGCGGACGCUACCGCUGCUCUUCUUGAACUUGGGCGGGGAGAUGCUUUACAUCCUGGACCAACGGCUGCGGGCCCAGAACAUCCCGGGAGACAAGGCCCGCAGAGAUGAAUGGACAGAGGUGGACAGAAAACGAGUUCUGAAUGACAUCAUCUCAACCAUGUUCAAUAGAAAGUUUAUGGAGGAAUUAUUCAAACCCCAAGAGCUCUACUCCAAGAAGGCCCUGAGGACUAUCUAUGAGCGCCUGGCCCAUGCCUCCAUUAUGAAACUGAACCAGGCCAGCAUGGAUAAGCUCUAUGACCUGAUGACUAUGGCUUUCAAAUAUCAAGUAUUGCUGUGUCCCCGACCCAAGGAUGUGCUGCUGGUCACUUUCAAUCAUUUAGAUACCAUCAAGGGAUUCAUCCGAGACUCCCCAACCAUCCUGCAGCAAGUGGACGAGACUUUCCGGCAGCUGAUAGAAAUAUAUGGUGGUCUUUCUGCAGGGGAGUUCCAGCUGAUCCGGCAGACGCUCCUCAUCUUCUUCCAAGACCUGCACAUCCGAGUAAGUCAAUGGGCAGCCCCAGGAACACCCAGGAGCUGCUGUACCAGAAAAACAACCCUGGCAGUCAUCAGGGCAGACAAGCACAGAGAUUUUGACCAGUUAGUGAUGUCCUCAGGGUUUGCCUCCCUAAUGAUAAAGAUAUUGAUAAUAAAUCUCAGCAUCUACCCUGGCCCCACCCCUGCCUUCCAGACCCACAUCUCCACCACCUUGCUGCUAAAACUUCCCACCAGGAUGCCCACCAGUGCCUACAACUUGAUGUCUGUAGCUAAACUAAUCUCCACAGUUCAGGACUACCUAAGCUUGGGGAACAUUCCAUCAUGUCAUACUUUGUAUUGUAGAAUGUUCAACAACAAAGGUGAAGAAGUGAAGAGGAUAGAGUUCAAGCAUGGUGGAAACUAUGUCCGAGCGCCCAAAGAAGGUUCUUUUGAACUUUAUGGAGACCGAGUCCUGAAACUGGGAACUAACAUGUACAGUGCGAAUCGGCCUGUGGAAACCCAUAUGUCUGGAUCAUCAAAGAAUGUAGCCUCAUGGGCCCAGGAAAGCAUUGCUCCAAACCCUCUUGCUAAAGAAGAGCUGAAUUUCUUGGCCAGGCUAAUGGGAGGGAUGGAGAUUAAGCAACCCAGCGGACCGGAGCCUGGAUUCCGGUUGAAUCUCUUUACCUCCGAUGAAGAAGAAGAACAAGCAGCGCUAACCAGGCCUGAAGAGUUAUCCUAUGAAGUUAUCAACAUACAAGCUACGCAGGACCAGCAACGGAGCGAGGAGCUGGCACGAAUCAUGGGGGAGUUUGAGAUCACGGAGCAGCCGAGCCUGAGCACCAGCAAGGGGGACGAUUUGCUCGCCAUGAUGGAUGAAUUAUAGCUGUUCUGACAGGCAUCCUCUGCUCCCUGGGAGUGGCUGCUGGAUGGUGACCCCUGGGGAAUGCCCCAGGCACAAAAUGAUGCUGCUAGUUUUCUAGUGAGUGAAACCAUUACAUCUAGUUCUUGUUUAUGUUGCAAGGAACUCUGUGAGUCUCCCUUGGGGAGCAUUCUCUCUCGAAGGCACACACAUACACAUAUUUUCAGUGAAAUAUAUUCUGACUUUUAAACUUG